UUGUUUUAACCCUCCACGUGCGAUGAUCACAUCUUUGAAACUCAGUGUAAUUUUAAUUUUAAUAUGUGUGGCGGAAUCGAAAAAGAAGUAUCCAAGAAUUCAAGACGUGGUUUCUUUUUCCGAAAAAGGCAAUACAAGUUUCAUCAAUCGCUUAAUCAAAAAUAUGAAAUCCUAUUUAAACAUGGACCAAUUCAGACGCAAUGAAGAGGUGUUCCGGCGUCAGAUCACAGAUAACUUAGAGGAUCCAGUACUGCUAGAAGGAGAACCGUUUAAGAACAGACGUGUGCAGACAUAUAAAGGAGACAACUCAGAAUACACCAAGGCUACCAAUAUGCAGUUCAGAACUAAAAUCCUAGACUCCAUGUUACAACUCGUUUACAUGGCUAGACAUAAAUUGCAACUAUUCGAAUCCCCCACCUACGUGGAUAAGAAUUCAAUCGCCUACCGCGUCGGGGUGAUCGCUAAAAAACUAUAUAUGUUGCACAACAAAUCGAUUAAGAUUUUGGAGAUUUUAAAUAUCAGGUUGGGAAAGGAUACGUGGAAUGAAUAUGGUAAUAGUGUUCCCGCGCUAACAUUGCAUCAUAAGGUGGCUAAAAUGCACGUUGACUUUAUCUACUACUACGAAGUGCUGAAAAGGCUGCACAUGAAGAUCAGGGAAUUAAGAAACCUGCCUCGAGAGAAGGCCCCCAAGAAGAUGCACCCACAGGUUUGGUGAUGGAAUACUCCAUGGAAGAUGAAUGCAAU